CUUUCCCUUUACGACGCUGGAUUCUUUUCAGACACCACUCCUCCAAAUGAUAAAAAAAUCCAAAGGAUCACAUAUUUUGCGGUUUUGCCUAAACACAUCCAUAUUUAAAACUGGAUACCUGCGUAUGGACACAAAAUAACGAGAGCCGUUUCAGAAAGAAAAAAAAAAAACCGACCUUUUUCUUCCUUGUUUCCUCCAUUUCUUCUCUGUCCCAUCUGUCUUUUGACAAAUCAUCAAACACCUUCGAGAUAAAAUCACCCAGGUCCCUCCUUUUUUCCUACAUUUCCCACCGAUUCACCUCAAGAUUUACAGCAAUCCCAACAACCCUUUUUCCUUCCUCCUCUGUACUUUAAGGGACGAAGGAGUAGAGAGAGAGAGAGAGGGAGUUAAAACGAUGGCGCAUAAGGUAGAUCACGACUACGACUAUCUGUUCAAGAUCGUGCUGAUCGGGGACAGUGGGGUUGGGAAAUCCAACAUUCUCUCGAGGUUUACCCGGAAUGAGUUCUGCUUGGAGUCCAAAUCCACUAUCGGAGUUGAGUUCGCUACCAGAACUCUUCAGGUAGAGGGAAAGACAGUGAAGGCACAGAUAUGGGAUACUGCAGGCCAGGAGAGAUACCGAGCUAUCACUAGUGCUUACUACAGGGGAGCAGUAGGUGCUUUUCUUGUCUAUGACAUAACCAAGAAGCAAACCUUUGACAAUGUCCAGAGGUGGCUCCGUGAACUAAGAGACCAUGCGGAUUCUAACAUUGUCAUCAUGAUGGCUGGAAACAAGUCUGACCUAAACCAUCUCAGAGCUGUUUCGGAGCAAGAUGGCCGGGCCUUGGCUGAGAAGGAAGGACUUUCGUUUCUUGAGACAUCAGCAUUGGAAGCAGUCAACAUUGAGAAGGCAUUUCAAACCAUUUUGACGGAGAUAUACCACGUCAUAAGCAAGAAAGCAUUGGCAGCGCAGGAAGCAGCUGGCACCACGGCACUUCCUGGUCAAGGGACCACUAUCAAUGUGGCUGAUGCGUCAGGGGGUAAAAAGGGAGUUUGUUGUUCUACUUAGUUUACAUUCGAAGGAGGAAGCAAAGAUUCAGAAGCAACCACAAAUUUUUUUUUUUAAUUUUUCUCGUUCUCCCCUUGUAGAAUACUCUGUUUUCCAAUGUUUGAUGGAAUGGAAGAUUGUGAAAGUUGAACUAAACUUAUGGCCACUCGCUUAGGAGGGUAUGCUAUUUCGUGUUAUACAUUCUUAUUGGCAAUGAGUUGAAAUGACUGAUUUUAGA